GAGAGGGGACCUUGCUCAGGACGGGGAAACCCUGCUAGUAGGUCCCGGGGUCCAGGUGGCGACACGAGCGCUUGGUCAGCCGGCAGCGGGCGGGUGGUUCCCGAGCCCCUCCCCCGCGCGUGCGCGCCCUGGUCCGCCCUCCCCGCAGCCUCAGCUCCCGCGCGGCGGCGGCGGCGGUUCCUUCCCCCUCCCCCAGCCCUGGCUCCGGGGGACCCCGCGAUGCCGGUCCGCACCGAGUGCCCCCCGCCGGCGGGUGCCUCAGCCACAUCCGCGGCCUCACUCAUCCCGCCGCCGCCCAUCAACACCCAGCAGCCCGGCGUGGCCACCAGCCUGCUCUACAGCGGCUCCAAGUUCCGCGGCCACCAGAAGAGCAAGGGGAACUCGUACGACGUAGAGGUGGUGCUGCAGCACGUGGACACCGGGAACUCUUACCUUUGUGGGUACCUGAAGAUCAAGGGCCUUACAGAGGAGUAUCCGACCCUUACGACCUUCUUUGAAGGAGAAAUAAUAAGCAAAAAACACCCUUUCUUAACUCGGAAGUGGGAUGCAGAUGAAGACGUUGAUCGGAAACACUGGGGCAAGUUUCUGGCUUUUUAUCAGUAUGCAAAAUCAUUUAAUUCAGAUGACUUUGAUUAUGAAGAACUGAAAAAUGGGGAUUAUGUCUUCAUGAGGUGGAAGGAACAGUUCCUGGUCCCAGACCACACAAUCAAAGACAUCAGCGGUGCUUCCUUUGCUGGCUUCUAUUACAUCUGCUUUCAGAAGUCAGCAGCCUCCAUAGAGGGCUACUACUACCAUCGAAGUUCAGAAUGGUAUCAGUCCCUCAACCUGACCCAUGUUCCUGAACACAGUGCACCCAUCUAUGAGUUCCGGUGACAGUGGUUCAGAACAGCAGCCAAAUAAAACUGAACUUGGCAACAAAGAGCUUUGCCGAGGAAAUUAUGUACCUGCCAGAACCAGGAGAGGUGUGUUCCUGUUUCUUCACGAGCAGACUUCAUCAGAAAGCAUGAAUGUUAAGGAUCCAAGGAGCAUGGCCAACCUGCAGGCAGGCAGAGGGAGUUCUCCACCUCCCACCCUCCUUCCUCUCUGUGGCAUUGUGGUCACCAUCUGUUUCUGAACAAUCUUAAAUGCACUUUCCUUCCUGCACAGCUAACUUCUGCAUCACUGAAAUGCCAUCUUUCCUCGGUCAGCCUCUAGCCGAGUGGAAGGUCAGCUCCUGGGUCACCUCAGCCUUGGUGCUCAGUGGUCCCUACCCAGGCCCUACACCUUCCCCAGUUGCUUGUUUGGUAGCCCAAGGAAAGGCAGAGCCCAGCAUCUUGUGCCCCAGAGCUCUAUGUGAGGAGUUGUCUGGGCCCAGCAUCUACCACCAGUGAAAUGAGGUGGGGACCCUGGUAGGUCUCAUCAACGUUUGGUUCCAGUUUGGAUGUCUUGUGGGGCCAGUAGCUCUGCUGAGCCCUGUAACUCAACACUGCAAGACUUGCAUGU